ACCGAUGGGGGAGUUAUACUCUCCACACAGCGUCAGCCCACUGCAUGUUAGGUGUUCUCUCCCAAAUCCCCCACACCCCCGCCCCUGUCUGGAAAUGGACACUGCUGGUGUAUUUAUAGCCCCAGAGCACAAGCCAGCUCUCUUUCUUAAACGCGGGUAAGGAGUUGGUCAUAUUCGCUAGAGUCGUGCUGAGCUUCGCUAUCGUAUAUUCUAGACUGUUUUCCGCUGUCGCUUUGCUUGUGAAACGUGCCUGGAGGGGCUCGUCAGAUGAAAACAGCGUUCUGAACACGACCACUGGAAAAGAGACACUCAGACAGAGGAGAGAUGGAAAAGCCAGUCUUGCAGACACAACCAUCCACACUGCCUUUUUUUGACACAUCCCAUGCUUUCAACCUGCUGCGAGGAAUCCACGAACUCCGCGCAGAAAGGAAGUUUUUUGAUGUGACUUUAUGUGCCGAGGGUCGUGAGUUCCACUGUCACCGCACGGUGUUGGCCGCUGCCAGCACUUACUUCCGUGCUAUGUUUGCAGGAACACUGAGGGAAAGUGUUAUGGACCGAGUAGUUCUACACGAGGUAUCAGCUGAGCUUUUAGGCUUGUUGGUGGACUUCUGCUACACAGGACGGGUCACCGUCACUCAGGAUAAUGUGGACCUCCUGCUGAAGACGGCUGAUCUGUUUCAGUUCCCUUCAGUCAAAGAGGCCUGCUGUGCUUUUCUGGAGCAGCGGCUGGACGUUUCCAACUGCUUAGAGAUCCAGGACUUUGCAGAGGCCUACGCUUGCAGAGAGCUCGCAGCAAGUGCACGGCGCUUUGUCCUCAAAAAUAUCAUGGAGCUGGCUAAAGGGACAGAUUUUGAGCGGCUGCCGUGGAAGCGCCUGCUUGAGUUUGUGUCAGACAAUGAGCUUUGUGUGGACAAGGAGGAGACAGUUUAUCAAAUUGCAGUACGCUGGGUAAAGGCUGAUCUGAAGCGGCGGCUGCACUACUGGCCUGAGCUCCUCCAGCAGGUCCGACUCCCCUUUGUCAGGAGGUUCUUUCUGUUGGCCCAUGUGGAGAGCGACCCACUUGUCUACCUUUCACCAACAUGCCUCCGGAUGGUGAAUGAAGCUCGCAGCUUCCAGUCGUGUGAAUAUGACCGCCACGACAGGCCCUGCCACCGCAUGCGACCACGGCCAUCCACAGGAUUAGCAGAAAUCCUGGUGGUGGUGGGAGGCUGUGACCAGGACUGUGAUGAGCUGGUCACAGUGGACUGUUAUAACCCUCAGACUGGACAGUGGCGCUACCUGGCUGAAUUCCCAGACCACCUCGGAGGAGGCUACAGCAUAGCUGCUCUUGGAAAUGAUAUGUAUGUCACAGGUGGCUCUGAUGGCUCUCGCCUCUAUGACGGCGUGUGGCGCUACAAGUCCAGCGUGAACGAGUGGACAGAGGUGUCACCCAUGCUGAAGGCCCGCGAGUACCACAGCUCCUGUGUGCUGAAAGGCCAGCUCUAUGUGAUUGCGUCGGACAGCACAGAGCGCUACGAUCACGCUCUGGACAGCUGGGAGGUUUUGCCUGGCAUGCUGCAUCCUAUGGACAACUGCUCCACCACUGCAUGCAGCGGACGCCUCUAUGCUAUAGGCUCCCUGACAGGUGAAGACACCAUGGCCAUCCAGAGCUACGAUGCAGACGCUAACCGCUGGGCCAUGGUCAGCUGUGGACAACUGCCUCCGUGGUCUUUCACACCGAAAACUGUGACCCUCAAUGGCCUCAUUUACUUUGUCAGGGAUGACUCUGCUGAGGUUGAUGUCUAUAAUCCUCAGAAGAACGAGUGGGACAAAAUUAGUCCGAUGACCCAGGUCCAUGUUGGAGGCAGCGUUGCAGCCCUGGGUGGUAAACUGUAUGUAUCCGGUGGUUAUGACAAUACAUUUGAGCUCUCCGAUGUGGUGGAGGCGUACGAUCCGACCACCCGCUCCUGGACUCUUGCUGGACGACUACCUCAGCCGACCUUCUGGCAUGGCAGCGUCAGCAUCUUCCGUCAGUUCAUGCCCCUGGUGUCGAGUGCGUUCGAACCCACUGACACACCUGAAUCGAACGCCAUUCACCUGCACCGGCACCAGCGCCACCAAGCGCUCCACAAUCUCAACAACAAUCUCAACCAGAACCAGGAUGUGAACCCAGCGCACUGAGUCUGGAUCUUGAAAUCCCUGUCACACAUGUUCAGUCUGUUCUCCCUCAUCGUGCCGUCAGUAGUUUACUGUGAAUUUACCUCAUCACGAUGCUAAAGCUGUCGAAGGCAGAAGGGAAGACUGAGCAUGUCCACACUGGUGUCUGAGCUCCUUGUAAUCCGCUUGGCUGCCAAAGCUGUUGUGUGCUGAUAAUCACUCAAGGCUGCGUGAACUACAUAAAAGCCUGGGGCCAGAUAGAUAGAUAGCUGUUGCUUUAGUCAUCUCACAGCAAGAAGUUUGUGUUUGACAUGAGCAACACUUUAAAAACACUAGAUCGACUCUUGGAUGCUACGUCCUCUGACGCUAUUGCCCUGUCACAUAGUUUUAUCAUAAGGGGCUCAGCUCUGCCCCAAAGUUUGUUGUGUUUUCACUUGGCUUGUGCUCCACCUUUCCAUUAAGUGUCAUGUAGUCCGACUCUGUAGUUAUUGUAUAAUGUAGACAAACAAAUACGUUUACUUUUGAAAGGGAAAAAAUGCUUAGAAGGUGUACACACAGAGGUGGAGAGAUGCAUAAGCAUUCUUUCACUGGAUUUCUAAAGUCACAUUUUGUGCACAUGUGAUUCUGUGGGUUUAAUUACAGUCACUGUGGAAAUGGGCACACAAGAACCCCCUUAAACAUCACAUCGAUGCUUGGGCCCGUUCCACCAGUCACUAAAUCUGCAAAAAUAGUAACAGAAUCAGUAAAAAUUUUAGACUUUAAAUUUAAUCUCCACAUUUUCCUUUCUGAAGGGGCAUCUUUUUCUUUCGUCAGUACCGGUUAUGUGUGGGACAUGUAGCCUGCAUGGUUUUCGUGCAUACCAGCUGUUAAACAUCUGGCUCCUCGUGUUUCUAACCGUGUUGUGGACUAUAUUAGCCGCUGCAUGGCAUAAAGUUCUGGUAGAUCCUGAAGAAAAGCUACAGGAAGCUUGUUAUAUGAGGUGGGGAAGUUAACCAGACAUACAUUUACCAAACCAACCAGUGAGUUUUUAAUUUCAGUCUUUUCUCUUGUGAAACCAAAGUAAACUGCAUGUAAACACUUUAAGUUAGUAAUGAAUCAACAGAAGUAUUUUUGAUAAUCUAUUAAUCAUUGUUAACUGCAGCAUUGGUUCCAGCUUUCCCCUUUUUUUCUAUUCUUCUCUAUUUUGUGUCUUUUAAGUUUUAGACAUAAAAUUAUUUGGUUUUUGACAAUAACUGUUCUUUACGGUCUAUGCUCCUCAUACAUUGGUGCGAGAGCUACAGUUGUAGUGGAUGUUUUUUCCUCAGAUGUCCACAAGAGGCAGCAAUGAGCCACACUGACAGUUCCAUAGAAAGGUGAGAUUUAUUAUUUGUUGUAUAUGUUUUCAAACAGCGUCUUUGAGGCUGAGUUGUCGUUUUGAAUGUUAUCCAAACGGAGGAUGAGACGAUUCCAACAAGGCGAGGUGUUUCUGUGUAUGGACAUCUGCGUGUAAGCAGUGAAUUUGUUUAUUUGUUGUCUUUUUUUUUUUUUUUUUUUUUUUUUUUUUACAAACAUGGUGUAUUUAUAUGGUCAAGGGGAACUCCACCACAUCAAAUCUGUUUACGGGUUCUGGGGAGUAUUAAUACGUACUCGUACUGUCUGUUAAAGAAGUUGUUGAGGCUCCAGAAGGAGCUACAUGAAACCUGUAUUACGGUCUAUGCUAAUACUGUUCAUAAAUCUGUCUAAAUCUGUGAUAGUGAGCACUUCUCCUUUGCUGAGAUAAUCCAUCCCACCUCACAGGUGUGCCAUAUCAAGAUGCUGAUUAGACACCAUGAUUAGUGCACAGGUGUGCCUUAGACUGCCCACAAUAAAAGGACACUCUGAAAGGUGCAGCUUUGUUUUAUGGGGGGGUCCCCACUCCUCUUCAAAAGCUGUGUGAAGUUGCUGGAUAUUGGUGGUAACUGGUACACUCUGUCGUAUACGCCGAUCCAGAGCAUCCCAAACAUGCUCAAUGGGUGACAUGUCCGGUGAGACAGAUUUGUGAACAAUAUUUGAGAGAACUGGUGAUAUUGUGUAUGUGGAAAAAGUUUUAGAUCUUUGAGUUCAUCUCAUAAAAAAUGGGAGCAAAAAAAAGUGUUGCGUUUAUAUUUUUGUUGAGUGGAAGUAGGCAAGUUUAACAGACUUUUGUAGCUACUCCUUGUCUUAGUUUGAGGCUAGCAGCUUGAGGCUACAUAUGCUUCUGUUAGCAUAACACUCCAGAAAUCAUUGAACAGUUGGAAGUAAAUUUGUAGAUUUUUACAAGGAAGAAGGGGAGGACGGGAAUGAAAGUUCAUGGAGUAAAAAGAAAACAGCCGCGUGUCUAUCCGUGUAAUUUGAUUCAUUUUUUGAAGUAUCGAGUCAGAGAAGUUUAAUGGAAUCUGCUAAAUUAGAGAAACUUUUUUAUGCUCACUUGAGGCGGUUUUCAAAGAGUUGAUACACCUCAAGGGAGAUGGAAACACUUAAAAAACAUUCUGGUGUAGAAAACAUUUCACUGAUUUAACACAGUACAUUGUGCAACAUGGCCGGCCAGCUGACAGCAAAGAAUGAACACAGCUGUCCCAAUUGAAAUCAAUCCCCAAUGACUUCUCUUCAUGCUUCUCCUGUGGAUGAACAAACCCUUGGUUCUUCUUCUAGGUUUUUGUUUGUUUGUUUUUUAUAGAGGUUUGCAAACAACUGGUUUCGUUUCAGACUUCUUCUCAAAAGUUUGUUUCAAACUCAAUUAUAUAGAAACGCCACUAAUGUCUGUGGUUUUGCUGUCCAAAUUUUGAUCUGAAUGCAGUGCUAUAUUGGUGGAGUCCUCCUUUUCACAAUUCACAACCACGAGCAAGAUCCAAAUAUUUGCUCAGAAACGGCAAUAAUCUGUUUACAUUCCAAAAAAUGACAAUCAGACACACACCUGUAUGGCUAAAGAGGAAGGGUUGAAACUUACCAGGAGAAAUGAUUGUGCUGAGUGACCUUCUGUCAUCGUAGUAGACUUUCAGGGUGGUUGCGUGUGAUGUUAACAGCUCUGUUUGUAGUUAUCACAGCAUCUCCUCGUCCCUCCUGCCUCCUUACCCUGAGCUAGAUCAGCCUUUAUAACCACCAGUCAAAUGUGCAUGAAGUCUCUUAAAAAUGUAUUUGUGAAUGUUUUACUGUUUUCUCUGUUUAUUUAAAGAUAUAUUUGUGCUGUGGUUGCUUAUGAAGUCUCUGCCUAUCAGCUGCAACAGUAUCUGUGGCACGUGGUAAAUGCUAGUCGACAGUCUCAACUGGAAGUGCAGAAAAAUCUCAAUUUGCUCUCAUGUAAAAUAUUUUUGCUUUCAUUGAAAUAGUUUUUUUUUUUUUUGAGUGUUUGUGUGCUAUUUUUAAUGCAGCUUUGUUUUCUUAGUUUUCAUACAUGUUUGUGAAGUUGAGUCCGUUUUCUAAAUACAGUAUAAUCCAAACCUUCUGUACUGUGUUCGUAUACCAUGAAUUAAACUGCAGGCAGGUCUGACAGAG